AUGCCACCCCCCAGUCCACCGCCCCGAUCCUCCCUCGGACAAGACAGCCUGCAGAGCAGCACACCUCCAAGCUCGCCCAACCCCCCAGACAGUACCAGCAGCUCCAGCCCACCAGUCCACGAGAGGGAUACAUGCACCGGCCGGGGACCCGGGCCAUGCGGGCCAAGCACACCCCGCCAGCCAUCCCAGUGUAGUCACAAGACAUGCUCUGCCGCCCCACCUACCCGCCCGCCAUCCGCAGCCCAGCGCCCGACCCCGGGCCAGGACCACAGAAGGAAGCCGUGGAAAGAAGGCCACGGCGGCCCCAGUUACCCUGCACCCAGCCAACCCCACCCCCAAACCCGGGGGCGCCCCAGCCCACCGGCCACCCGCACCCCCGCAUGGCGCACCACGGCCAUGCGAGGGUGCGGGCGGCACCCCCGCAUGGCCACGAAGCAGUCCAGCCCCUCCAUCAAAGCGGGGCCACAUCCCAAUAAAUGUCGGCUAAGACCCCCCCCGCCGGAGCCCGGAACCCACCCAGCCGGCAGACCAGGGCCCAAAGCCAGGGGCCGAGAUCCAAGGGAACCCAAGCGAUCCCGAGAGAGCCGACAUGCCAUCCCAGCACCACACAAUUCCCAAGACCCGAUCCCCAACCCCAGCUCAAACCCCAGCCCAUUCCCUCUCCCGGCCUCCGACCACAGAUGGGAAAUAGCGACGGCCCCAAGGCCCUCCAUGAGUGGUAUUGUGAUGGAGCUGGCAGAGGGAGGUGUCUGGGGAUGGAAAGACUGGGGGGCAAACCGCUCUCCCAGGGAGCCAGCUCCCCGGCUGACCCCAAUAGGCCCCCCCGUUUGCCAAGUCCCAACAAAGGAGGGAGGCAUAGGCACAUCUGCCGGGCAAAAAACUAGGGACAGUCCGCUGCCCGAAGUAGCCACCGACCCCCAACAAAAAGGACCCAGCCACAAGCGGCCAAGAAUGCAGCCCCACUCCAAACAAAGGAGCAGACCAGCCAGCCCAGCGCAACCAAAAUACGACACUCAAAGGAGGGCACAUGACCAGCACGUCCAGCCACUCCCAAACCCACGGGCCAGAGCCAACAGAGCGCCCAGCCCCCGAAGCCCGGCACCAGACAGCAGCCACAACCAGACAGGCAAACCGAGACCACUGGGCCAGCUGGGCAGUCAAGCAGACCCCACGAUGCACCACCCCGCCCACUACCAUGCCCAAGGGAAAGACGCUGGCCCAGCAAGCCGAAUGGCGCCACAGAAAGGCCCCAGCACACGGAGCAAAGAGGUCACACCCCCAUCCAGAGACGCAGACCCACCUGCAUCCAGGGGCACGGCGAGGACCACUAACCCCAAGCACACCGAACCCACCAGGAACCAUCCAGCAAACGAGCAAACCCCACCCCUGUAUGAGGCCGAGACGCCGGACGCAAGCGCAGAGCCCAGCGACGCCCACCCUGCCACACCCACGCCCGGAGGUCAUAGCCGCCGCGCACAGGACCACCACCCCAACACCACAGCUCGCCAUACAGUGGAGGACGGAAUGCAGCAAAGAGCAUCCAAAGCAAAAGCUGCACACAAAGCCCACACUGCGCAAAUGUACCCCUACCAGCCCCCCAAAAACGAAGCCCCCCAUGAAAGUGCACCACCACGAAAAGAAGACCCGCACCAUCCAGGUCCUAGAACAUGCCCGACACCCAUACCCCUGCCCACAAAAGGCAAGAGAGCCCACAGAGCCAAAACCAAAACCCAUCCGGAAGCCGAGACCAAUCCACCCCGAGACCAACCCCGGCCAGCCUGCACACUCGGACCAUGCAGACCCCUCCGAACCCCCUCCCCCAGACAGAAAAGGGACCAGCACCCUCCUCCCCGCCAGCAGAAUGUGCUCCUUGAAGGAAGGAGCACCUGCAAUGAGAUGGGACCUACCUACCAGUUUCGGAGGCCCUUAUGCCCACCGAUACACCAAAGGUCCCCGAGCCCGGGCAUGCACCAGCCCAAAACCCCGGCAACAUACCCGCCAGGACCUAAGACCCCCAAGGCCCAGCCAGGACCCCAGCCCGGGGGGCGAUACGCCCCAGGGACCCCGAGCCCCAAGCCCGCCCCAGACCCACCCAGGAGCAGCACGGGCACCAGGCCAGUGACCUAUGUGCGUCGCCGCAGGCCCCCCAAAAGCAUCGCAUGCAGCUACCAGAUGUCCCCCCCAAGAGCCACCAAAGCCCCACCCCGGCCGGGACCACAGCCCCCAGAGCCAGACCCCCCAGCGAUCCCAGCCCAGGGACACCCCAAAUGCCCCAACCCAGACACCCCCCCAAUCCGCCACAACGCCUCACAGGAUGAAGCCAAGAGCGCCCCACCCCCACUAGGUGAUGUAGCCGAUUAA